UCUCACGUGCACAAUAGGAUAUCCUCCAUUCUACCCCUCUUCUAACCUCCCUUCACUUUAACCCAUCCUUUCUAUCUCUCUUUCUGAAUUCAAGAACUGGGUUCUGCUAUAAAAUGAUGAGACCCUUUGAAUUGGAAGGAGAAAACAGUACUACUGGGUCAUUUAGAGAGAGAGAUCGAGAAAGAGAGAGGGACAGGGAGAAAAGGAUAGUACUGUAGGAAGACAGGGAAGAGUGUAGUAGUGAGAAAUGGCAUUAGAAGCUCUUUCUUCCAAUGAGCUAUUGAACUUCAUCAUCUAUGACACAAUAUCGGCAACCCCAUGUGUUGGCCACCACCAUUCCUCAGAUAGUAGUUCCCUGUUGGAGUAUUCUUUGAAGCCGCAAGAACCGGCAGGCAGCGUCUCUGAUAAGUCAUCUCCGGCGAUGCAGCCACACCAUACCGCUUCGGUCGGAGCAGCGCUGGAACUCGCUGACCGACCCAAGACUUUGGCUGUGGUGCAAGGCCGGAAGAAGAGGAGGAGAAGACCAAGGGUUUGCAAGAACAAAGAGGAAGCUGAGACACAGAGGAUGACUCACAUUGCUGUGGAGAGAAAUCGCCGGAGACAGAUGAAUGACCAUCUCGCUGUCUUACGCUCUCUCAUGCCAGACUCCUACAUCAAAAGAGGUGACCAGGCUUCUGUAGUAGGUGGAGCUAUAGAAUUUGUGAAGGAGCUGGAGCAAUUGCUGCAGUCCCUUGAAGCUCAGAAAGUGCAGCUACCUGCAGCAGAAGGAAUGCCUGGAAGUGGGGUUUCAGAGGACUCCAUCGCCAGUAUGACCAAAUUGUCACCACCUCCCUUUUCCCAAUUUUUUGUGUACCCUCAGUACACUUGGUCUCAGAUCCCCAACAAGUAUACCUCAAAGAGCAAGGAGGCAACAGCUGAUAUUGAGGUCACUCUGAUUGAAACCCACGCAAAUCUCCGAAUUCUCCUGCAAAGAAAACCCCGGCAGCUCUCGAAGAUGGUCAUCGGCUUUCAGACACUUCACCUUACCAUCCUCCACCUCAAUGUCACCACCUUGGACCAACUGGUUCUCUACUCCAUUAGUGCCAAGGUACAGAUGUGGUUAAGUGUUUGUGCAUUUAUUAUAUGUUUCCUAAAUUGGAAUGUCAAUUGUUUUCCAUUCAAAUUUUCUUUCGGUUUCAUUCCUUCUGCAAAUCAAGCAUGACAUUAAACUUUUACAUAUAUUCAUUUCAUGCAAAUUGUGUAUAUCUUUUUCCAUGACUUGCAUGUUUUUCCCCCUUUUUUUGGGGCUGAGGGGUUGGGAUAGGAAUUCAUUGAGAGGCCCUUGAACCUUUUUUUCCCCCCUCUCUGAACCCUUGAAAGUCUUUUCCUGAACCAUUUCUGUACAUUGGUGGAUAUAACAUUAGCUAGCCAAUUCAGAGAAAUGUUUUGGAGACAUGAUUUUUGCAAUGGAACAUGAAGCACAAGGAUGUUAUGCUAAUAUCUGGACCUAUUAGGCUGGGACCCAUAUCAUUGGAAUUCAAACUAAAACAUACAUCUCAUUAGUUUGUAUACUUUAAGAUUGUUUGUGUUUGGUUGGGGUCUAUAUUUGUAGUUGUAUGCAUUUAGACAAAAUUAUAUGAUUUUGUAUUUGUUCUUAAUUCAAAAUACCCAUCCAAAUCUAAACUCAAGAUCUGAGAUCUAAACUUUCACAGGCAGGAUAAAUGUUGUUAUGACAUUUUGUUAUUGGUGAGUUGCUCCUAAUCUUACAUAGAUCGAGGAAUUGUUCCUCUCAAGUCUUUCUCGCUAAUUUAGCCAUUAUUGAUUGAUUCAGUGGAGAAUGGGCAAUGUCUUUCUUUAUAGCUUCUAGUGUUGUUUUCUACGUAAGUAGAGAAAUGAGUAGCUAGCUAGGCUGAUGAAUAUGGAAAUUAAAGGCUUCUGGGCUAAAGUUUGAACAUUCUCAUUGCAGGUCGAGGAAGAAUGCCAACUCACGUCAGUAGAUGACAUAGCAGGAGCAGUUCACCACAUGCUGAGAAUAAUUGAGGGGGAAGGUGCACUAUGUUGAUCAGGUUGUUGAUAUGCCAAGAUUGCCCCUGGAGUUGGUUGAAAUCACUAGAAUGCCACUCACUUCUUUUAUUAAUUUCUUGCAUCAACUUGGGGGGAAAAAAAAAAAAAAAAAAACAAGGAAAAGAAAAGAAAAGAAAAAUUUUCUGUGCUUGUAUGUAGCACAAUGGCUGUGUUUGGCUGUCACUUGGGUUUGCUUAAUUGGUUUAUAUAUAUAUAUAUAUGUUGUAAAAUAGGAGAAGAAGGAGAUGUAGUUAAUAGGGUUUAAAGGGCAGGCAGCCCCAUCUUAUCAAGGAUGGAUUUUGUAAUUGACUCAUGAGGGGAGUUGACUGCGAGCCUUCGAGAGAAAUCAAGUAAUGUCAUUUUCAUGAA